AUGACAAGUCUUCAAGAUAUUUUGGCGGAACAAGAACCACUACCACUUGAAGAGGAAGAAAUCUCAGCCUCUCAGCAACCAAAUUCGAGGCCAUAUCAAUGUAAAUCAUGUCUCAAAAGAUUUCAUAGAUCGGAACAUUUAACCCGUCAUAUAAGAACACAUACUGGCGAAAAACCGCAUGAAUGCCAAUGGGAAGGAUGUGAUAGAAAAUUUUCACGUACAGAUGAAUUAAAGCGACAUCGCUUAACCCAUGAGAGACAAGUAAAAAGAAGAGAAAACAGUCGACGAGGAAAAACGUUAUUCAGAAAUACUACGACGCUCUUUAUGCAGAAUUCACAUUUAACGCCAUAUCACGUGAUCACUUACAUUUUCACCGAAUCAUCUUCGGGAAUUAAACAAUGUCCUUCGAAUGGUUGCACAAGAACUUUUACGCGAUCUGGUAAUUUGACCAACCAUAUGGAAAAAUGUCCCUUUCGAAAACUAAACAAUAAUGCCGCGAUACGCGCUGCAGAUGUAUUAGAUGAAAAUAAUAUGUUUGACCCACCUUUAAGUCCAGUUUCCACUUGUUCUUCUGAAGAUUACACAGCAUCUUAUUCUGUUCAUAGUGGUGCAAAUUCUGAUUCUGAAGAACACGGUUCCCCGAUUUUGCGCGGCUACUCUUCUAUUACUCCUUUUGAUCAGAAUCAAUUCUUUGAUUCUUCUCAUUCUGAUGCUGCUGUUAUAUCAAAUUACGGCGAUAAUAACUAUCAAAAUAAUCUUUAUCAUCAUUAUCAACAACAUGACAUUGAAUAUCAUAGUAUUCAACAAUUACAACAACAGCAUUCUCAAGAUCAAAUACUCGAUCGUCCCGCUCCAAUAGAAUGUAAGCACAUGUACUUUCCUGUUUCUCCCACAUCAACUACAACGCCUUGA